AUGUAUCACUCUCCUCCCCACAGACUCAUCACUCCCCCAGAGCCCUAUGUAUCACUCUCCUCCCCACAGACUCAUCACUCCCCCAGCUCCAUCACUUCCCUCGGAGCCCUAUGUAUCACUCUCCUCCCCACCACUUCCCUCAGAGCCCUAUGUAUCACUCUCCUCCCCACAGACUCAUCACUCCCCCAGAGCCCUAUAUAUCACUCAUCCCCACAGACUCAUCACUCCCCACCACUUCCCUCAGAGCUAUAUGUAUCACUCUCCUCCCCACAGACUCCUCACUCCCCACCAGCUCCAUCACUUCCCCCAGAGCCCUAUGUAUCACUCUCCUCCCCACCUCAGCUCCAUCACUUCCCCCAGAGCCCUAUGUAUCACUCUCCUCCCCACCUCAGCUCCAUCACUUCCCCCAGAGCCCUAUGUAUCACUCUCCUCCCCACCUCAGCUCCAUCACUUCCCCCAGAGCCCUAUGUAUCACUCUCCUCCCCACCUCAGCUCCAUCACUUCCCCCAGAGCCCUAUGUAUCACUCUCCUCCCCACCUCAGCUCCAUCACUUCCCCCAGAGCCCUAUGUAUCACUCUCCUCCCCACAGACUCAUCACUCCCCACCACUUCCCUCAGAGCCCUAUGUAUCACUCUCCUCCCCACCACUUCCCUCAGAGCCCUAUGUAUCACUCUCCUCCCCACAGACUCAUCACUCCCCCAGAGCCCUAUAUAUCACUCAUCCCCACAGACUCAUCACUCCCCACCACUUCCCUCAGAGCUAUAUGUAUCACUCUCCUCCCCACAGACUCCUCACUCCCCACCAGCUCCAUCACUUCCCCCAGAGCCCUAUGUAUCACUCUCCUCCCCACAGACUCCUCACCAGCUCCAUCACUUCCCUCAGAGCCCUAUGUAUCACUCUCCUCCCCACCUCAGCUCCAUCACUUCCCCCAGAGCCCUAUGUAUCACUUUCCUCCCCACAGACUCAUCACUCCCCACCACUUCCCUCAGAGCCCUAUGUAUCACUCUCCUCCCCACAGACUCCUCACUCCCCACCAGCUCCAUCACUUCCCCCAGAGCCCUAUGUAUCACUCUCCUCCCCACAGACUCCUCACUCCCCACCAGCUCCAUCACUCCCCCAGAGCCCUAUAUAUCACUCUCAUCCCCACAGACUCAUCACUCCCCACCACUUCCCUCAGAGCCCUAUAUAUCACUCUCCUCCCCACAGACUCAUCACUUCCCCAGAGCCCUAUGUAUCACUCUCCUUCCCACAGACUCAUCACUUCCCCAGAGCCCUAUGUAUCACUCUCAUCCCCACAGACUCAUCACUUCCCCAGAGCCCUAUGUAUCACUCUCAUCCCCACAGACUCCUCACUCCCCCAGAGCCCUAUGUAUCACUCUCAUCCCCACAGACUCAUCACUUCCCCCAGAGCCCUAUGUAUCACUCUCAUCCCCACAGACUCAUCACUUCCCCCAGAGCCCUAUGUAUCACUCUCAUCCCCACAGACUCAUCACUUCCCCCAGAGCCCUAUGUAUCACUCUCAUCCCCACAGACUCAUCACUUCCCCCAGAGCCCUAUGUAUCACUCUCAUCCCCACAGACUCAUCACUUCCCCCAGAGCCCUAUGUAUCACUCUCAUCCCCACAGACUCAUCACUUCCCCCAGAGCCCUAUGUAUCACUCUCAUCCCCACAGACUCAUCACUUCCCCCAGAGCCCUAUGUAUCACUCUCAUCCCCACAGACUCAUCACUUCCCCCAGAGCCCUAUGUAUCACUCUCAUCCCCACAGACUCAUCACUUCCCCCAGAGCCCUAUGUAUCACUCUCAUCCCCACAGACUCCUCACUCCCCCAGCUCCAUCACUUCCCCCAGAGCCCUAUGUAUCACUCUCCUCCCCACAGACUCAUCACUCCCCCAGCUCCAUCACUUCCCUCAGAGCCCUAUGUAUCACUCUCCUCCCCACAGACUCCUCACUCCCCACCAGCUCCAUCACUUCCCUCAGAGCCCUAUGUAUCACUCUCCUCCCCACAGACUCCUCACUCCCCACCAGCUCCAUCACUUCCCUCAGAGCCCUAUGUAUCACUCUCCUCCCCACAGACUCCUCACUCCCCACCAGCUCCAUCACUUCCCCCAUAG